AACUGGCUUUGCUCUGACCGCGGUAGAUUUGGCCUGGAGACUGCAGAGAAACCAUCUGAUGGGGAAGAAAGGGGCCGAGUGCAUCACGGGCUUCCUGGGGCUGCAGCCCCUGGCGCAGUUCCUCAUUCCCCUUGCACUCGGGCCUCAGGCUCUGUGGAGCUGGGCACCGGGGUGUUGGUGGCAGCACUGAGGGGCCCCCACUGCCCCUGUCAUGGCGUCUGCUCUGACCGUCCUCCUCCUCGGCUGCUGGCUUGCCGGGCGGAGCAGGGUGUCCGGAGAGGGGUCCUACCCCAAACCCUCCAUCUCCGUCAGCCCCGGUGGGGUGAUCCCCUUGGGGGGAAAUGUCACCAUCCGGUGUUGCCAUCAGCGCCUGGGCCUGAGGUUCCUCCUCUACAAGGAUGGAGAUGGGAACUAUACGAAUUUCACAGACCCUGCCGGCUCUGAGGCUGAAUUUCCCAUCACCAGAGCCAGACGGGACCACGGGGGCAGCUACACCUGUCGUUAUAGCAAGAGAACAGACCCACCUGACUACUCGGAGCCCAGUGACCCUGUGCAGAUCAUUGUAGCAGGUGAGGGGCCCAGCCCGGCACCUCGGCUCCCAGCCCCACACCCAGCCAGGCCGCAGGGGGUCUCCGUGAGCCCUGGCACCCAAUGGAUGGGACAUCCAGCCAGUCUGGGGGUGGGGGGAUCUCGGCCCCCUGGAGCUGGGCAUGUGGAGACGGAGGAGAUCUCAGGUGGUUCCCUUGGUGCCCUGGAUCCCAGGGAGCUCAGCUCCCCCAAACCCUCCAUCAGGCUCGCUUAG